AGAACAGAGAACUGACAAGAUGUAUGUAAACAGUGUUCUCAUACUGUGAUAGACAUUGUUCCAACCCGUCUGUUGGCCUAUCACAGUAGAGGCUGGGCGUGGUUUAAACUUGCUCAGCCUAUUGCAGGCGCUCAGGCGAGUCCCCGCCUCUUGGCGCUUCUUGGAGUCCUCCCUCCGUCGAUGUAUAGAUUCUUACUGUUCUGGUAUCUACAGUUUUGCUACAUGCAGGUCACACCAUGUUACUCAGUUCUUGUCACACACACAAACAGGAAAGUAGCAAGCAGUUGUUUAAUCUCAUAAUGAUGCUCCAGUGCACAAAUGCAGAUGCCUCACACAACCAACAUCAGAUAAUAUUUAAUAAUAUAUAUGGUAAUGGCUAUAAUGUAAAAUACAGAAUCCCACAUUUGUCAUGACAAUAUAAACGGAUGGAUGUGUGGCCAUACUAUCUAUUGGCUGAUUUUGUCGAUCUAGAGUGUAGAUCAUUGUUUUGAAAGCGUUAUGAAAUGUGAUAGUGUGGAAUCCUGUAUCUCCAGUGACAAUAAUUCUAUAGCCUAGUUAUGAUGCGUUCAUACACGAUGUCCAGAUUUUCACAGGCAGACCAUUUACAAGUUAAAUCAUGAGGAUAAAUGUAUUUUAUCAUCUGAUAAAACAGGCUUUUACCAAAUUGAUUUGUAUUUCUGGGGUGGAUUAUCCACUUAAACUGUAUAGUGGAUUAUCAGUAGGUUGCCUCCCACUUUUCUCAACGUUAUUUGGAAAGUCAGAGUGAAAGUAAAAUAGUCCAACUGCGAACCAAGACGGGGUCAGUUCAUCUGGAUACUUCAAAACUCCUAAUAACAUCACAAAUCCAGUGUGUGGGUCCUCCAGUGAGUUGGAGAGGAUUGAGGAACAAUGGCACCGUUUGACACUUUGAUAUGGACUAUAACUAUUAUAUUGGUGCUUAAAAGCAUCGGAUCCUGUAUUGCAUGUGGUAGAGCUGAGUACAGAAUAGGGGAUGAAUGCUGUCCCAUGUGUUCACAAGGAAAUCGUGUACAUAGUCAUUGUACUGAAUUCACCAGCACCAGCUGUGCGCCCUGUGUUGAUUCUACAUUCCUUGAUGAGCCCAAUGGUCUCAUAAAAUGCAAAGUGUGUACCAACUGUGAUCCAGGUUUGGGUUUGAAGGUAAAGCAGCCAUGUAGACCUUCAUCAGACACUGUCUGUGGGACACUGGAGGGGUUCUACUGUCUAGACCCAACUAAGGAUGGUUGUAGAGCAGCCCAGAGACACAUCAGCUGUAAACCUGGUCAAUACAUCAACCACACAGGAACAGCAUCUACAGAUACUGUUUGUGCUGACUGCCCUGAUAAAACUUAUUCAGAUGGAUCAUUAACAUCCUGCCAGCCACACACACAGUGUAAAUCCUUAGGUCUUCAAGAACUAAGACCAGGAACUCAUUGGUCCAAUUCUGAAUGUGGACCACAAUCCUCAAGAAUAGAACCUGGAAUCAUCAUUGGUGUUGUUGUGGCAUCAGUCCUAAUAGCUCCUAUAAUAAUAAUAAUAAUAAUAAGAAGAAGAAGGAUAAUUGUAAUUCUAAGGAAGGAAAGAAGUCUAACAACAGUGACUUUUUCUCCAGUGACAGUAAAUGCUGUAGAGGCAUCAUCAGAUUUAGAGGAAACACCAAGCAAUGUAGUACAAUGAAACAGAAGAAAGUACAGCAUCUUGCAGGUGUUAGUUUUGUAAAUGAUUCAAGCUCUGACCGCACUCAUCAUUACUAAUGCUACCUGAGGAAUGGCAGACCAAGGAGCUGCUCUCACUUAUGACACCACUGUCUGACGAAGAAACAAAGCCGCUUGAUGACAUUGGAUCCUCCUCAAAAGGUCAAAGGGCAGACAAACCUCUCAGGCAGUAACAUCCCAGUCUGCUUCAGUGGUCCAGAAAUCAGGAGCAAACCAAGACUCAGCUGGAAAGUGAUGAUUCGCUCACCCCCUGCCAUGUCAGCCAAACAGGAAUGAGGCAAGCGGCCUCGUUACCCCUGAGACUGUCUGGAGGCAUUCCUCUCCUCUGAGGACCCAGCGAGGGUGGAGCACAGUGAGACACUUCUACAGCCAGAGAGUCAAGAAAUGGAACAGCAAGGCCACAGAACAUGACAUACGCAGAGCUGUGGGAGACCACCUGAAGCAUAGGUAGAGACAGGGGAAUUCCCCUUUACCACGCCACCACCAAACACCUUCAACAGGCUUGGUCUGUUUGAUCCAUUUGUUUGUUUCAGUUUUCAGUAGUUGAAUCAUUUGACGUAUUGUUGAUUUUAAAAAAUAAAUAAUUUUCAACAAAUGGAUUGGUUUAAAGGUGGUACUAAACUUAUAUACCAUGCACAAUUUUGACAUAGUGGAAGAUAUCCUGAAUUUGUACCAUUUUUCAUUCUAAGAUGGACCAAGAUGUACGUAGCUUUUGCAGAUAUUUGUUCAUUAGUUUUGCAAGAGUGUUGAUUGGUCGAUCAUUGGGUUCAUUAGUUUCUCAAUAUGCCAUUGAUUUAAAAAGUAAGAAUUUGAUGCAAUUCCCAACCCAAAAUAUAAGCUUGUUUUACUCCAUUGUUUGCAAACAAUAUAAUUGUAAAAAACAAAAGUCAGUUGGUUGCAUAAAUAAUGACGAUUACUAAAUGUUACAUGAAAUAUCAAAACCGAAUUGAAACGCCUUUGAUAAAAUGUAAUGGCUAUAAUUCACUUAAUGGUAAGGCAUGGAAUAAUGGACGUUUGAAAUAUGAGCAGGUGAUGAUUUGAGUCAUGGUUCUUCAGUAGUGGAAUAAAGACAAUUAGAACAAAUGUUGUACAGAAAUACUGUGUGUAAAUGCUGGAGUGAUGUAUGAUUGUUAAUAAAACUGUCCAUAUACCAAAAAACA